GACUUCGACUAUCUGGUCUGGACUACACUAUCCGUUCAGGGUUAACGUUACCUGAGAGGACAGGCGCUUGACGAUACAGACCUGACCAGGUAAACAUGUCUCAUAAUGAUGAAGGAUACGUGGUGCGGAUCCGUGGUUUACCCUGGUCAUGCACACAGGAGGAAGUGGCCUCCUUUUUCUCUGAUUGUGACAUUGUAGGGAAAGUCAACGGGGUGUGUUUUACCUUCUCCAAAGAGGGAAGGCCGAGUGGAGAGGCAUUUGUGGAGCUGAAGACAUCAGAAGACUUUAAAAGGGCUUUGGCAAAAGAUCGCAAAUACAUGGGUCACCGUUAUAUCGAAGUGUUCAGGUCAAACCGUAGUGAGAUGGAUUGGGUGCUGAAACGCUCCGGUCCCACAGAUUAUGACAGCGGCAGCGGUUGCAUGUUGCGUCUCAGAGGACUGCCGUUCGGCUGCAGUAAAGAAGAAAUUGUACAGUUCUUUUCAGGGUUGAAAAUCGUGCCAAAUGGGAUAACAUUGCCGAUGGACUACCAGGGGAGGAGCACAGGGGAAGCCUUCGUGCAGUUUGCCUCAAAGGAGAUAGCAGAAAAGGCUCUGGGGAAACACAAGGAAAGAAUAGGGCACAGGUACAUAGAGAUAUUCAAAAGCAGCCGAAAUGAAAUGCGUGCAUACUAUGAAGUACCCCGGAGGAUGUUGGGACAGAGGCCUAGUCCAUAUGACAGACCCAUGAUGGGACGCGGGAGCUUCUUUGGGACCGGGCCUGCAAGGGGAGGUGCCGUCCUGGACCAGAUGCGCAGCGGAGGUGAUUACAGUGGCGGAUAUGGUGGCUUUGACAACUACAAUGGCUUUAACAACUACUGCUUUGGUAACGGCGUGUUUGAAGAGCGUGCGCGUGGUGAUAGAGGAAGAAGAGGAAUGGGGGAUCAUGGUUACAGCAGCGAUUCAAACUCAGGCUUUCACAGCAGCCAUUUCGUGCACAUGAGAGGCCUACCGUUCCGUGCUACGGAGGCAGAUAUUGCACAUUUCUUUGCCCCUUUGAACCCUGUGAGGGUGCACAUUGAUGUAGGACCCAAUGGAAAGUCUACAGGAGAGGCAGAUGUUGAGUUCAGAUCUCAUGAAAAUGCUGUGUCUGCCAUGUCAAAGGACAAGAAUCAUAUGCAGCAUCGUUACAUUGAGCUUUUCCUGAAUUCAACUUCAAGUGGGCCGUCUGAAAUGGGCCGCGGAGGAGGUUUCUAUGGCAACUCUGGUGGCAUGGGCUCUCGAGGAAGUGGACUAAGGGAAAUGUACUGAGGAUGCUUGCAAUACAUGCACUUUUCAACCCAAAGUUGGAGCUUCUAGCUUGGAAGAUCUUUUUGUACAGAUAUGUUUUCACAUGUUCCUGAGAAAAUUAGCUGUUGCAUAUGUGUAUAUAUAUAUUGACCGGCUACUGUACAUUUUGCUUAUUGAAUUUUAUAUGACAUAUUCUGUGUUGGUCUAAGAUAUGCUCUUUGUAUGUAUUUUAACUCAACAAUGGUUAUGAAUAGCUUGAUUCCCAAGUUUGGAGUGUGAGACUGCACUUUUAAAGCAAUAACAUCAUUUUGGAUGUUUACCUGUUUUUGCUGCUCGGUAAAAUUUCUAAUUGAAACCUGUGAAAUGUUCACAUCCAUGGAAUAAAACCUUUUAUUGGUAUAUUUUAUUUUUAA